GUAUUUACGUUACUCUUGAAGCUUCUUUUAGAGAUGUAUCAACCGAGUUACGAUUCCACUCUAUGUGAUUAGCCACAACACCGAGUUUCCAAACGGUUGCCUGGUUUUUCCGUAAACCAUGUAUCAAGACAUAGAACUAUAUGGAUGCUAGUGGUAUGACUUAAAAGUAUCAUUUCGUUCAUGUCUUUCUGUGUGCGAGACUUGAAGGUUCUCGAACGGGGUGUGUUAGUUUCCUCAGGCACCAUUGAUGUGCAACUGGGUAGUGAAAAGUAUGUUAAAUGUUAGCCACUUUUCUUUAUUUAUAAAAUCUUUAAAUUCUUCGAUACAGAUUAAUUUUUGUCAUAUUUUUCAGCUAUGUUUUAAACUGCUCCCAACUAUGUGGUUAUGUUUUCACCUUAAUCUCACCCUGAAUAGUAUAUUCGUUGUUAGUUAAUGUACUAACUAUUCACCUAAUUGUCACUGAAUGUAAUCACGUGUAUGUGUAUGUGAUCAUUAAUCUAAUUCAUUUAAUUGUAAUUUAUGGCUAUCAUAUGUGUUCAGUCAGUACGUCGAAUUGUGGCUCAUUAUUAUAGGCCCUCAGUUCACAACCACUCGGUCUUCGGUACAUUUUUGCUUCUUUUUUUAACAGGUGUAAUGUAUAUAUAAUCCCCAAAUAAUCCUUGUGACUCAAUAACCAAUACACAUAUAUGUACUUGAACACUGAACUAUAUUACUUGUAGGUGCAACUAAUAAUCUUUGCAAAAUAUUAAUCAAUAAUAAGUUGACGUACUUAAGUUUUAGCUACUCCUAUUACAUAAGCGAUUAAUAUUCUGUCUAGUUCCCCAGACAAGAAUACACUGAGCGGAGGAUGGAUCUGUGUUUAUGUAGUCAGAAGUUGAGUAUUAAAACUGCCAAGUCACACUUGCAGUUCCAUUGUUAUUACUGUUAUUACUUUCCUAAAAUAUAUCAUAAGUCGUGAAUUAUGUAUGCUAAAAGGUGAGUUAACCUGUUUCCAAACCUUUGGUGCUUUUCAUGUUUAGAGAUCAUGGGGCGUUAAAAUCAGAUAAAGUGGUUCCUGUUCUCUAAUUUAUGACAAACUCUCCCCAACUAUCCUCCUAUAUUACUAGGUAACUUGUACUUUCAGGUUUCCAACUAGUGUCACUAUGUUUAUGAAAUAGGCAUGAUCGCGGUCACUUAAUUGAUUAGUAAGACAAAUAAAAGUUUGUAAUAAUCCAGUUAACCAGUGCGGCUCUUGUCUGGAUGUAUUGAAAUUAAGUACUAGUUUCACAGACUCACUGGGUUUCCUCAUAAGAAACAACAGAUGAUGAACUUAUUCGUAGUAUGAUAUGUUGGACAAGAUUUAGGCUUGACAGUCAGGUAUUAUUUUGAUUGAAACUCGAGUGACGUAUAAAAUCUGUAUCUCCUAAUCUCUUACGCUUCAGUUGACUUGUAAUUACACUUAUCUUCAUGUACAUUUUGUACCUAAGCACAUCAUUUUAUUAACAUGAACACCAUGAUACUACUGAAGCAUGUGAGUGCCAGAACUAACUGUUAUCCUAAGAAGCUAUCUUUUAGUAUUUGACUAAAUCGUUAAGUCUCCAUAAAAACGUCCCAACUCAAUACCGACUGUUUACUAAUAGAGAUAAUAACUCAUUUAUGGGCAACCAACUUCUGUUUAACGUAAUUUUUUCUCCCAGGUUGAAUAUAUCUUUAAAAUGAAGUGUAAAUAUUCCAUGUGUUGUUAAUCGUAACUAGCUGAUAUUUCUUAUUAGUUUCGCUAGUCGGUGUCACAUAUUUUUCAAAAAGUAAUAAUUUUUUAUUCCAGACAAGAAAACUUCACCGAUAAAUCAUCUUCGAACAAACUGUCAGUCACUACUGAUUCGUCUAAUCGAAUCACUGAAAUGCAACCUAAGACUAAUUUUAAAAUUAAACUAUCUCAUGAAUCUGGUAAUAUCAGUUUGGAAGACAUAAAAGGACUGUGUAAAAUGAAUCCAAAAUCAAUGCAAACUAAUGCGUUAUCCAUAAUUUCCAAACGAAUGGCAUUAAGCCCCCUAGGUGCUAGUGGGAAACCAGUUACUUUGUUUUCAGUUUUACCAUAUCAUCGUAAAACAACGGGAUCUCACUUCAGAGUUGGACGUCGUCAUAUCCUUCCUCCCAGUUCCCACAAACUUUCUUCAGGUGUGCAACAGUUUCAGUCUCCCGCAAGUUCAGCCCGCCUACCACAGACUUCUAUAUCCACCGGUGUUACACAUGUUAAAGAUCUUAACCCUCAAUCCAAUUUUGUUCAUAAUGUGUUAAGUCUUAGCUCGUUUCGACCUGUUAAUGGUGAGACAAUUUCAUAUGCUCAUUUCAUUCAACCAAAUUGCCAAUUGUCAAAGAAUACUGUAAAAGUUGGGCAUCCAAUCGAUAUUCUACUAAAUCCAGGUUUCAGAUCAAAUUGUGAUUCGUUUACUCAUUUUCACGAAGCUUCUGCUAUACUUAACUCGAAUUAUUCUCGACGUAGCUUCUUGAGUAAUUCUACAGUAACCCCUUCGUCUAAUACACAUUGGCAUCAUUCUACGACGUCAUUUAAUAGACAACGCAAUCCUAGUUCAAGCAGUACAAAUUCUUUAGGUUAUCCAGAUCCAUUGAUAAGUUAUAACCCAUUUCUUUUGGAUGAUCCGGAAUUAUUAGUUUCAACAGGGAAACGUGUAUUAAAACUUCCGAACUAUUUGACUAGUGUUUUGGGAUAUAUUCGACCGAAUGAACGUAAGCGUGAAGUCAAUCGACAAUUCCAUGAAAGAUUUCCAUCAAUACAAAUAACAUUAACGAAAUUGCGUAGCAUAAAAUUAGUAUUGGUACAAAUUGCUCAACGCUUGUCUAUGGACCUAUGGAUUGUUGCACAUGCUCAUGUGCUUUUCGAAAAAUUAGUACUCAAGUUAUUUUUAACAAAAUUGAAUAGAAGAUUAUGUGCUUCAGCUUCCCUUUUGAUCAGUGCGAAACUGAAUGAUGUAAAAGGUUCACAAUUAUUCGGUUUACUUCAAGAAUUGGAGACAGCUUUUCGUAUCUCACGUCGUGAUUUAAUCAACACAGAAUUAGAUGUUGCAUUAGGUUUAGAGUUUUCUCUAAUUCCAUCUGAAUAUGAAAUUCUACCACAUUAUCAAAGGUUAUAUAAAAGUUUGAAUUUAACUUUACCAUUUCUACCGGCUGUGCUAACCACGAAUAAUACUAAUAGUGUUAAUUCUUGUGUUGUUACAUCGAGUAAUAUAAAUAAUAAUAUUCAUGAUGAUGAUAAUAAUAAUGUUAAUAUUAACAAUGUUAUUUGUACAGUGAAUGCCGAAAAUCAACAAUGUCUUGUAUAUACUGCUUCAUCAAACAUUUGCAGCACACAAAUGAACCAUUCAGUUACAAAUUUAUCACUUAACCAAUGUAAUCGUAUUGAAAUAUGAGUAUCUUACUAUCCUCAUGGUUGUUGUUCUUGAAAUAAACCCCGAUUUUGGUAAACCUGUGUAUUUUGUGGACUGGAUUUAUCGAUCUCAUAUCUAGUGCGGCUCAUUUUUCGCUGUCUUUUAGUGUUUAUUCUUUUAUUACUAUUAUGUCACAUUCUUUUUACUGUUGUCACUACUUAUUUAUACCGUAAUGGUGAUUAUCCAUUCUGGUCUAUCAAAUUUCUUCCUAGUUCCUUACUGGUUUUUUGUUUCUCGCUGAUACUUUUAUAUCUGAGUGAACAUAAAUUAUUGGUUUGACUAUAUCGGCUUAAGUGUGUUUUUGUUCUUUAUUUCACAUUACUCUUGUUAUUAUUUCUUGUUCCUGUUUUGGGAAUAUUUCAACGUAUUCAUGAGAAUGUGCAAGGUUACUACUAACUACAUUUGUGUGUUUUUCACAGUGUUCAUCUCAUGUACUUACAUACAAUUUGUUUCCUAUCGAAUAUAAAUUAUGAAUUAUUGAUGUAUUUACUCGUAAGUUGUAUACAUAAUCCAUAAUCUGUUAUUACAUGCUACAUAACAUAUUGGUGAAUAAGUCUUUCCAAUCGGACUGUGUAUUGUGAUCGUGUUAUGUAUCAGCCACCUUAGUGAUAAAGAGUUAGUCU